CUCCACGCCGGAGGAUGUCCGCGCGCUCUUUUCCCUCUACGCCGGCGGCUCGCCGUACAUGCUUGCCGACGACCUCCGCCGCUACCUCGCCGCCUGGGGAGGUGCUGACGGCGAGGUCCCGGAGCAGAUCAUCGACCGUAUCCUGCAGGAUCGCAGCCGCACCCCGCGGUUCGGGAGGCCGGCGCUCACCGUUGACGACUUCUUACACUUCCUCUUCUCCGAGGACCUCAACCCGCCCCUCCGCUACUCCAAGGUCCAUCAGGACAUGAACGCGCCGCUAUCGCACUAUUUUAUAUACACUGGACACAACUCGUAUCUGACCGGUAAUCAACUCAGCAGUGACUGCAGUGAUGUUCCCAUCAUCAAGGCACUUCAAUUAGGUGUUCGUGUAAUUGAAUUGGACAUAUGGCCAAAUUCUUGUAAAGAUGACAUUGAUGUUCUCCAUGGAAGGACACUCACUGCCCCAGUAUCACUUAUCAAAUGCUUGAGAUCCAUCAAAGAAUAUGCUUUUGUUGCAUCUCCCUAUCCUGUUAUUAUAACUCUAGAAGACCACCUUACACCUGAUCUUCAGGAGAGAGUAGCUAAGAUGGUCCUUGAAGUGUUUGGAGACAUCCUGUAUUACCCUGAAUCGAAACAUCUUCAAGAAUUUCCUUCACCUGAAGCUCUAAAGGGGCGUGUCAUGCUGUCAACAAAACCCCCAAAGGAGUAUCUCGAAGCAAAGGGUGACACCAUGAAGGAGAAAGAAAUUGAGGCCCGGAUUAAAAGGGGAGAAAGGGAAGCAGCAGCAUGGGGAGUAGAAGUUCCAGAUAUUCAGGAUGAGAUGCAAGUCGCCGACAAGGAUGAAGAUGAGCUAUUAUACCGCGAAAGAGGUGCAGAUGGCGAUGAUGGGAAGGAAACAAAGCAUGUUGCAGCAGAGUACAAACACCUCAUCACUAUCAAGGCAGGAAAGCCAAAGGGUCCUCUCGUGGAUGCCAUAAAGAACGAUCCAGACAAAGUUAGGCGACUCAGUUUGAGCGAGCAAGAGCUUGCAAAAGUUGCAGCACAUCAUGGUCCCAACAUUGUGAGUUUCACGCAUAGAAAUAUGCUGAGAAUAUACCCAAAGGGAACCCGCUUCAAUUCAUCCAACUAUAAUCCAUUUCUUGGCUGGGUGCAUGGUGCUCAAAUGGUGGCAUUCAAUAUGCAGGGAUAUGGAAGAGCACUUUGGUUAAUGCAUGGUUUUUAUAAAGCCAAUGGCGGUUGCGGUUACGUGAAAAAACCAGAUUUCUUGAUGCAAACUUGUCCAGAUGGAAAGGUGUUUGAUUCGAAGGCAGAUUUGCCGGUGAAGGCAACAUUGAAGGUCAAGGUGUACAUGGGGGAAGGUUGGCAAAAGGACUUCAAGCAGACACAUUUCGACUCAUACUCACCUCCAGAUUUUUAUGUAAAGGUCUGUUCACUCGUUGAGCCCGUGCCAACGUUUAGAAGUCAGCGAUGCCUAUAGAUCGUCCGAAGCAGUCACGCCAGGACUGGAACAUGAGGGCGCAUCGCUAAUUUGGUUCGGUUCGCCAACAGGUUGGCAUCGCCGGAGUUCCAUUAGACUCGGUGAUGAGAAAGACGAAAGCCGUGGAGGACAGCUGGGUGCCGGUGUGGGAGGAAGAGUUCGCCUUCCCGCUGACCGUACCUGAGAUCGCGGUACUCCGCGUGGAGGUGCACGAGCAGGACGUGAACGAAGACGACUUCGGCGGGCAGACGGCGCUGCCUGUGGCGGAGCUGCGGCCAGGGAUCCGCGCCGUGCCGCUGUUCGACCACAAGGGGCUCAAGUUCAAGAGCGUCAAGGUCCUCAUGAGCUUCGAGUUCGCGUAGCGUCCCGCAGCGUAAAGCGAUUAUGCUGUCAUGUGCGUCGAUCGAUGUUUGUUUGCAAUAAGAAUCGACUUUUUUUCCUC